AUGUUAAAAAACAACGUGUUUCACGGUCUUCCUAUGGCAGCUACGGUCAACUGUGCCGAUAAUACCGGCGCGAAGAAUCUCUACAUCAUAUUAGUGAAGGGGAUCAAGGGUCGUUUUAAUCGAUUGUCGUCUGCUUGUGUGGGAGAUAUGGUUAUGGCGACGAUGAAGAAAGGGAAACCUGAUUUGAGAAAGAAGGUCAUGCCUGUUGUCAUUGGUAGACAACGCAAGCCCUGGCGCCGAAAGGAUGGAGUGUUCAUGUAUUUUGAAGAUAAUGCUGGUGUGAUAAUGAAUCCUAAGGGAGAAAUGAAAGGUUCUGCCAUUACUGGUCCAAUUGGGAAGGAAUGUGCUGAUUUAUGGCCCAGAAUUGCAAGUGCUGCCAAUGCUAUUGUCUGAUAAAGUUGGGGGACUCUUUUGCUUUUAAAAAACUUUUCAAUUUUGUUUUUUGAUUCACAAUUGAGAUUAGAAUCAUAUACCCUUUCAAUUC